AUGGUAAACAAGUCCCUGCAGUGCGCGAACAAGGCCGCUGAGAGCGCGUCUGCACGAAUCUGUGCGGACGCCGAAGCAGAAACCGCUGCAACUGAUGUCUCAUCGGUUGCUGAAGCGUCUCAGUCUGUAUCACCUGGUGAUGCAGACGCUCGUCAUAAAGACACUCACGUCUUCACAGAGUAUGAGCUCGGUGUCUCAUACUCUCCUGAUACGGAAGAGGGAUCUGUAUCGAAGGCGACCGAAUCCAAUCCGCCUGCCAAGCGUGGCAUGGAUGAUGCUGUGCGUCGCAGCAUCGUUGGUUCAUCUGAUGAAUCAGAUGAACCAUCGCCGAAGCGAAGGCGUUCGAGAUCGCAAGACUCGGGCGCUCACAGUGGUGUCGGGUCUCCUAUUGACACCACUUCGCAACGAGGUGCCAGUACUUCUGUCAGCACGUCGCAAGAAGAGCGGGACCGCAGUGUUUUGCGUCUCGCUCCCAAGAAGAAGGCAUGGAUGCCUCCCAAAUCUGUCAUGGAUCACUUGUCGGCGACGACGAGUGAUCGUUAUCGAACACGAUUGUUCAAUUCAUCAAGAAUCCAUCACCUUGACCCCAGUGCGAGAGACAAUCACGCUGAGAAUGAAUUCUUUAUCGAUGCUUUCUUUAAACAUCGAUGGUACAGUGGGAAUCACAAACGUGAUGGUCCCUCACUGCUUCAAGCAUGGAACGCUUACAUCCAUAACCUUGAGGAUGUAGGUCGUGACGUUUGGAACGACAAACUUAUCACAGCUCGUGAUAAGUUUGAGAAAAGAACCUCGACAGGUGGACGGUAUAAGCUGCAUCGUCUGUCAAAGGAGGGUGGUUUACCCUGUCUUUCCUGGGGAGACCCGUGCCCAUGUUGUGUGAACAACUCUGCACGAGCACCUAAGGAGGCUUACCUCCCUAAUAGCCCGUGGUGGCGCGUACGUAUCUACAGUGAGAUGUACGAAGGGAUUGACAACCUGAAAUCCUUUACGACCGUGCCGGGAAGACUUUCUCCGGCGGUCCUUCUGCGGCACAGGAUGUGCCGCGUCGUACUGCUCAUCCAGACCCAGUACGUCAAUCAUCAGUUGGGAGCGGGGCUCCCAAGAAGCCCAGGACGGGGGAUAGCCGCGCCACCGGACGAGAUAACUCGUCCGACGUCCGUUCACGUCGCGGUGGUUCAACAGCUGCUCAACUAG